AUGUCUAUGCUUGAGCUGCCGGCCGAACUCACGCAGCUCAUAAUUGACAUCGUGGUGCAUCACACCGAAUUACAGCAUGUCGUCAGGCUCCGAGAAACAUGCCGUCAGUUCAAUGAUCUUGUCCAGAAUUCGAUUUUUCGCCUACCGAGAACUGUUCUCCUCCAAAGGAAACUGAGCAAACUGACGAGAAUUAAGCUACUUCAAUCUAAGAUGCUCCUUGGAAAUGCUAAUGAGCUAUUCCUAUGCUACACUAUUAAUCGCACAGCGGAUUAUCUUACCAGUUGCGCCAACUCUAAACUCCGAAAUCAAUAUGUGCAAGUUCUCACAGCACUUGCAGCAAAAACAAUGAUUUACUGGAGGUUUCUUAACUGCGUUACAACAGAAAAACAGAGAUACCUCCAACUGGAAGAGAUGAAAGACAAUGCCCUUGUAGCAGCCAUCGGAGCGAACGAGACUCGUACAGUACAAGAACUCUUAGAGGAUGGAGCCAAUGCUGCUUCAAAUACCCCGUGUUUUGGAGAGGCACUAGCCACAGCAGCGUCAUCUGGAUCUCUAGAAAUUGUAGCCAGUUUGCUUGAUCAUUGGGAUUGGGACACCUAUAAACAGCUUGCUGGACUCCGCCUCACGAACGCCAUUGAGGCUGCUGCUGCCGCUAAUCACGAGGAUGUGCUGGUUAAGCUGCUUGAUUACAAAGAUCGCAUUGACCAAUCUACAUACGAUGAUACCAUCAUCCGCAUGAUCAAAAACAACCACACAGCAACCGUGGAACAGCUGCUGCUCCUUAGACAAGAAGAUCCUACUCCAGCAGCGAAGACAGACUUCUGGCUACGUCUCGUGCGAACGGCUGCGGAGUAUAAUCGAAGCGCGUUGCUGCAACGUAUCUUGACGAUAACGGAUCCAUCACGCGUUGGAGAAGCCUCGCUCGUGACAGCAUUGAAAGAUGCCUGUCUGGAAAAUCAUGCUGAAGCAAUCAAAACCAUACUGCCCCACCUCUUUAUCUCUGACUCAACACAUCACGCGGACAGUCUUUUCUGGGCCGCACGAUGCGGGAACGUGGAGGUCUUGGCGGAGCUUUUGACGUUUCUGCAAAAAGAUCAACGUGCAUUGCUCCUGGCUCUCGCCGGUGCUGUGUCUGGGAAGAUGAAGGAAGUCGUAUCACACUUGUUGGAUGUUGCGGGUAUCAGCACCACUUUUAAAGAUGCUCCAACACGUUUCACUGACAUUAUACGCUUGAUUCUCCCAGACGCUUUCUCUCAAGGCGCAGCCCAGCCCAUUGAACCGAUCUUCGUGUCAACCCAAGUGGAAAAACUCCGCGCAGCGUCCAAGGCAGGCAAGCUGGCUGACGUCAUCAAUAUCUCUGCUACUAUGAGAGCCCACCAUCCGAUGGACAGUAUAAUCGGAAUUUCUAAUACGUUCAAUGAUGCAGCGAAGAACAAUCACCUUGAUGUUCUUCUGUUCCUGUGCGAAACCUGGGUGCCUCACUUCGUGACAUCUUGCGUGAAGUCGCCUGCUGUAGCUCAGAUCUUCAUAGAUUUUGGCUGGGAUAUCAACCAAACAGAUCUGGGCUCCAAGUAUCCACGUCUAGGGAGCUUCGUGCAUGACGAACAUUUCACCCGUUGGCUGCUGGGCAAGGGAGCUUCUCCUGAGUUGAGAGGAGAGUUCGACGUCACUCCAACAUCAGUAGCGGUUUGGCGCGCCCCGAUGUCGACAAUCAGAUUGCUUCUUGCCCAGUGCAGUGGUAUUCAACAAGGACAGCUUCUCCAUUUCGCUGUGCAACGAAGAGGCCAAGAUAACCUAAAGAUUAUUGAGCUUUUGAUAAGCUUAGACUGUCCGAUUAACAGCAUAUGGUUCCAGGAUGAUGAGCGCUCUUGGCUAGAAUGGGGGAUAGGAGAAGCAGGCACACCUUUGUUCACCGCAGCCGAGCAGGGCAGAGACGAAGUCGUAGCGUAUCUGCUUACAAAAGGUGCGGACGCUGCAAUCGUAUCCAACAGAGGCCGCACAGCCAUGGACGUGGCAGAAAGUGAGCACUGGUUCAGGACUGCUCAAAUUCUGAGUCACUAA